UCAGGGAACCCCAAGGGAGCGAUGCUGACUCAUGAGAACGUGGUCUCUGACGCUGCAGGUGUCAUCAAAAGCUUUGAUGCGGCAGUUGUUCCAUGCACUCAGGAUGUCAGCAUUUCAUUCCUGCCUCUGGCACACAUGUUUGAGAGAGUCGUGCAGACGGUGAUGUACGGUGCCGGUGGAAAGGUGGGAUUCUUCCAGGGAGACAUCAGACUGCUGCCGGAUGACAUGAAAACCCUGCAGCCCACCAUUUUUCCAGUCGUGCCUCGACUUCUCAACCGCGUCUAUGACAAA